CGAAGAUUAAGGCAUUCCCAUCCACUCCAGAGCCUAACUUGACGCACGACUUUACUGCAGGUGACAGUCUUACAAGUGCAACGACGAUGGAAACCAGAAUAUUUAGAUGAUGUCUCACUCAUCCAUGAAUGAAUCAACACCACUUCUGUCCAAUGAGACGGCAUUGCAGCCUCUGGUCGUAGCGUAUCCUCCAAACACACCGCCACCGCCUUAUACCGCCAUCGAUGAGGACUGUAUAUUAACCUAUUCAGAUCCACCUUCUUAUGAAAGUGCUAUAGGAGCGGGAGCAAAUACUGAUGAAGACAUUUACGAUGAUGAAGAAAGUGUUUAUGAGAACAGAACAUGUUGUGGUGGGUGUUACGGCUGUCACAUGAGACAAACAAGCGAGUGGGGAGCUGCGGAAAUCACCCUAUUCAUCCUACUCCUUGUUGUGUUUGGACCGUUUGCAUUAUUGUUUCUAUUGAAUUCGUAAUACCAUGUACUAGAUUUGUAAACAUCAGCAAUGCUGUAGAUUUCAUUGCGAGGUAAACCAUAAUGAGUGGCAGAAAAGGAUACUGGCUCCGCUGGUAUCCAAAAGAGAAGAGAAGUGGGAAUAUUUCAAUUCCAGUGGUACAUGUACAGCUCCCACCUAUAGCUCGAGAGUAAUGCUGGUUUCACCAAAAUUGCAAAUUAAGCUUGAGGCACGUUUCAAUGCAAGCUAUUCCAAGUUUUGCGGUUUUAGCAAAUGCCAUGUUCAUAGAAACAUUGUAUAUCUACUUAUUUUUUUAUUACUGUACAUAAAAUUAUGUAUUCUCA